AUGGCAGAUAGGGUCAAGUGGGUAAUUCGCAAAGAAUUAAACGAUGCAAAAUAUUGCAUCAUUGUUGAUGAAUGUAGUGACAUGUCAAGGAAGAAGCAAAUGGCCAUUGUUUUGAGAUAUGUUGACAAUGAUGGCUUUGUAAGGGAGCGAUUUUUCAGCCUAAUUCAUGUUCCUAACACUUCAUCGAUGACUUUAAAAGAUGAAAUGUGUUCAGUUCUCUCUCACUAUGGUCUUAAUAUUCGAAACAUACGAGGCCAAGACUAUGACGGAGCAAGUAACAUGAGAGGGGAGUGGAAUGGGUUGCAAGCUCUAAUUUCUAAUCAAUGCCUGUAUGCUUACUACAUUCGUUGUUUCGCCCAUCGUUUACAAUUAACAUUAGUUGCUGCAUCUAAAGAAGUAAUCCCUGUUUAUCAAUUCUUCUCUAUGUUGAAUUCUACAGUCACAUUUGUUUUGGGAUCCUGUAAGCGUAGUGAUGAACUCAGAGCUACUUUUGCACUAAAAUUUCUUCUUUAUUUGACAAUGAUGAGCUUGAAACUGUUAUUGGUAAAAUCAUUUUGUGAAAGUCAGUUGAUUGAUAUCCUUGAUUUGAGUGCUUGUUAUUUUGGGAGACGCGGUCGUGCUAGGCAUCAUAGAGAUAAUGUUUCAGUUGAGCAUCACUAUCGAGUUGAUAUCUUUAAUGCUACAAUCGACUUUCAGUUACAAGAAUUAAAUAACAGGUUCAUUGAGAAAUAUGUGGAGUUUCUCAUUCCUAGUUGUGCUCUUGAUCCGAGAGAAUGGAGAAAAGGAUUUCAAGCUGACAAUACUUGCAAACUUGUCCACAAGUUCUGUCCUAAAGAUUUUACGGAAUGUGAGAAGGAAGACUUGAGAGUUCAAUUACUUCAUUUUGAGGUUGAGAUCUUAAGCAUUCUAGUAUGCAAAAGUUAUCUGACAUUUCUCAUUUGUGUCAUUGCUACUACUGAGCGUGCAUUUUCAGUCUUGAGAAUUGUUAAAACUAGAUUUCGAAACAAGAUGGAUGAUGAGUUCCUUGAGAAUUGUUUGGUCAUCUACAUUGAAAGAGAAAUAGCUAAAAAGUUGUUAGUGGAUGCUAUUGUUGAUGGAUUUCGAGACAUGAAAGAGUGUCGAGCACUAUUAUGA